GAAACAUCCAAAGGCCUUGCGUUUUGCGCAAAUUUGGAAGGAAUAAUCUUUCUGCGUAUCAUGAAGCCAAAGGCAUCCCAUCCGAAUAAUCGGACUCUUUUGAAUGUCAAUAAUCACAUCAAGAAACAGCUCGUUAGAUGAAGAUCAGAGGUAAUGCGGCUACAUCUUUUGACGCGAUGCUUUCAUCAACUCAUGACUGUGUUUCAUCAUCACUAUCAGAGACGGAAUAUCACCAUAUACUCCAGGAACAUAUUCCUUCCCAUCUUUUGCAAAUGACAACCGGUUGCCACCUAUGUAUACAAAGAACGCCUAUUCACUGGCAACUUUCGACAUUCUAAUCAUGCUGAGCAACGUUGUGUUACGCGUUGUAUUAAUGUACGUCGAUGGUGUGGUCAGGUAGUGUCGCACAUUCGUGGUUCUGUUCCUUGCUGGAAGCAGGUGGAAGCAGCUGGGAAGAAACCCAUUAAUGAAUGCUGCUAAUCUUGUUACGUACGGUCCCUAUUCUUCUUUGCAACAAAUUGAUGUCAUGAUAACAGUUGCAAGAAAUGGCAUCAUUUAAUGAUCUAAACAAGCAUUGUAAGGACGCCGAACGAAAUGUUGCUAAUACGGAAAAUAACAAAGCGGAUUUAGAAUCUCGAUUUGAAUGUCCUAUUUGCCUGACCUGGUUACGCGACCCAGUACUAACGUCAUGUGGUCAUAAGUUUUGUGCCCAAUGCAUUAAUAUGUGGCUGCGGAAAAAAGGUACAUGCUGUCCUGUGGAUAGUCAACCGUUACAGCCGGAGAGUGAUUUAUUCCCAGAUCUCUUCACACGACGAGAAAUAUCCCAACAACGAGCACAUUGUCCCUACCAAAAAUUUGGAUGUGCCAUCGAAUUAUCGCCCAUUGACAUAGACAGUCAUAUGAAUAAAUGUGACUUUAGAAGACAAGUUGGUGAACAUGUUUCAUGCCCAUUUAAAUCCAUUGGAUGCUCUGAUAUUAUUAUUUCGGAAGAAGAACUGAAAACGCAUUUGGAACAUUCAACAAGUUCACAUCUCACUGAAAUUUUGCAGUUAGUGGCGAAGGUCAUUCCAAAAUUAACCUCCUUGGAACAAACUGGUUCAAGUACCAGAGCCAUGGAAUACAAAUGGUGGGACCCACCCCCAAAAAAAAAUUUGCUCUCAACCCAAGAUGAGCCAUGUCCAGAUUGGCAGGAAUUAGUCAAAACACUCUACGAGAGGAUCGUAGUCUUGGAGCAACAGAACCGUGAGCUCACCAUAAGUCUUUCUAAUCAGCAAAAUCAUCUAUCUUCCAUCCGGACUUCAGUACGAUAUAAUGACGAAGAGAUGAUUCUGCGCUAUUGCAACGGUCUUUAUAUUUGGAAGCUUGACUCGUUUAGAGAGAAACUUGAGAUCAUGAUAACUGAUUCUCUAAAAAUGUUUUACAGUCCUGGAUUCUAUACAUCUCCUAAUGGUUACAAAAUUUGUGCUAGGAUAAAUGUAUCUUCUAAAGAUCCUCGCUACUUGUCUCUCUUAAUUCACAUGAUGCAUUCGGAAAAUGAUGAUGCAUUAGACUGGCCGUUUAAUGGGUCGAUUAGUUUUGUACUAGUUCAUCCCAUGGAUUCCGAACGUAAUAUACGAGAUACUACAUUCUCCAAACCUGAACUAGAGGCAUUUAAAAAACCGACUUGUGAAUUGAACAAGCGAAGUUUCGGGUAUACGGAAUUUGUUUUAAUCAAGGAUUUAGUUGAAUUUUUACGAGAAGACAGUAUGAUUAUGAGAGUGGAAGUUAAACCAAUUUAGAUAUUCCUCAACAGAAUUUAUUGAAAUUUACGUAAUUUCCAUAGAACCCACAGUACGGCUAAGUAAACCCCAAAACAGAUUGAACUGGUAUUCGUUAUAAUAUCAGUUUUUUACUCCAAAGGACUAUGUCCAGUUCAGAUACAAUUUGCCAAGCAAUUAUCACGAUGCAAGUCGAAAUAGCCGACGCUUCUGCCGCAAUGCAAGGGACCUUAGCAUGGCGUUGAGUUACCGGCUUGUCAAUUCAAGGCUCUGUCCAGGCUACCGAUAAUUUUAUUGUCCAGCCUUAUACACGACAUGUACAUGUAAGGAAGAAGUAUGUUCCGCCCAUUUGAAUCUUUCAAAAAAUAAUAUUACACAAUUACAUCUCCUUGUACUAGUUUAUUAAAUUAUAGUAAAGUAUUGCGAAUGUUAUUAGAAUAAAUAAUUUAUGAAAAUUCACACGCAAGUCUUUCCUCCUACCUCUAAUAAAUACUAUGCAAUUUUUAUAAUUAUCAUUGUUCACGUAGUAAAUUUUAGUUGUAAAUGUGGGCUUCUAACUUAGAAUAUCCGAUAUUUUUCAAACACUUCACGCGUUUCUCAGAACCUGAAAAAAUGGCAAAGAUUAUGUUUUCCCCUUAAUUCCAUUUAUGAACAAUCAACAAAAUUGAAUUUGUUGCUGAUGGCUUCAGUUUCUCAUCUAAGUAUAUGAUUCAAAUAAACACAGAUGUCUGGCGAUAGAAUCUACCGCGCUAGCUGUACGAAUGGGGAAUUCCAUGCUCUAAAAUUAUUCAACAGUGUUUCUGUCACGUAAAACUGUCUGUGAGAA